AUGAGUACAUCCCCAUCGAACAACCUCCGGCCAUCCCUCAAGUCUGCCCUCGCGAACACCCACAGCGGUGACGUUUCCCCGGACUUGCGCUCCCCCGGUCUCCCCGGCAGCGCCUUGGCAUCACCGCGAGCUAGCUACAGUGCAGCCACGGGCACUACCCUCGGUGUCUCUGGUGUUGGGUUCCCCCGUACGCAUACGGGAAGCUCCACGGUCGAUGGCAAGUACCGCCGUAAAGUCGGAUUCGAGGCGUUUGUGCCCCAGCCGGAUGCGCUGUUCACUUUCACUUCCCAGGCCAAGAGCGAGGGCUACAAGCGAUCGAAGAAUACACGUGUCUUCCUUGUCGCAGUAUCGCCUGACGAGAGUGGCGAAGACGCUCUCGACUGGCUCAUGUCGGAGCUAGUCGAGGACGGAGACGAGAUUGUGGCCAUGCGCGUCAAGGACCUGGGUGACGAUGAACGCCAGACAGAGGAGGCUCACGAGGAUCUGCGCGAGGAGGCACAAGAGCUGCUGCAAGCUGUCUUGCACAAGAAUGACGAGGAGGACGGGCGAAAGGUCUCUGUCAUUGUCGAGCUCGUGGUGGGCCGCGUGCCAGACAUGCUCCUUAAGAUGAUCGCCCUCUACCGCCCAGACUCUCUUAUUGUCGGCACAAAGGGCCAACGCUCGCGCCUGCAGAACUGGGGCAAGGCAUUCGGCGCACCGGGCAUGGGUUCCGUCAGCCGUUUUGCCGUGUCGCAUUCGCCCGUCCCAGUCGUCGUUGUGCGUCCCGAACGCAAGGUCAAGAAGACAAUGGCGCGCCGCGAGGCCGCUGGCAAGCGUGGUCAGUACGCCGCCCUCGUGGGUGACGACGACAUGACGCUCUCGCGGUCACGGUCGCGUGAGCGCUCCCGUGAACGUCGUGGAAGUACGGAUGCUCGUCGCUCGAGCACGUACAGUGUCGGCAGCGACGCCUGA